AUGGCUUUAUCACAAUCUCCAGUGUUCCAGAAAAACAAAGAAGAUUUCCCCGCUUCGCUGGGCAAACUACGGCAGCUGAUAGAAGACAAAGUUCACAUCCUACAAUCCACCAUCACUGAGGACCAACAGGGUUCAGCCAGUGAGUUGGACACUGGAAAAGGAGAACUGUGGAGGUUUGCCAUCCUAAGUGAAGAGUUGACCUCUCACCUCCAGCAGCUGCAGAGGCAGACAGAGCAGGAGCUGAGCAGCAUAGACACACAACUCUUUCGGAUUAAAAGCCGCUUGCAGCCGCUGACCGCUGAGCUGUUUAAUCUGCAGCAGAAGACGAGACGAACAGAACAAGACCUGAAGAGGAGCUCCAGUCUUCAGACAUCCACUUUUCAGUUGUGUGCUUUUCGGGAGCUUCAGGCUUCUAUCACCGAUCGUUUGGUGGAAUCAGAGAGGCUGGUGUUCCAGGAGGAGGCACUGAGCACACUCCGUAACCUGCUAACCCAAGACCUGCAGAGGUACCAGGAAGAGACGCAGAGACUGAUCUGUUUCACACAGAAAAUAGUCAAACAAUCCCACAGGACAGACAAAGAGGAAACCUUCACUAACAGAGCGAGCGACCGCAGCAUGCAGGGAAAGAACGAGACAGAACAAGAAAACAACAUGUUCUCCCAGGGCCCGGCUCCCCUCUCACCCCGGCCUCGGCUCGCCGUACCCGGGGGAGGCGGCCAGGCAUCUGAGUCCUCUUCCUACCAUUCGCCACUUAAUUCUCACCAAACCACCAACAAAGAGGAAGCAGAGCAGGGCAGUAGAGCCGGACAAGUCCCAAAGUUUUCUUCCAAUUUGGUUCGUCAGUCUUCAAUGUCCAAAUCGAGUCCAUCCAUACCGGCACUCAGCAGACAAGACGAGAGUCUGGUUCCUAGCAUUACAGUGACUCCUGCGUUCAGGGAAACCAACAAGACUAGUCAGAUAACAGCGAGAAUCGACUGUCCAGCAGGAGGCAGCACCGAGAAGACUGAUUCAGAAGCAGGAAGCAAAACACAAACCACAGACUCCUGUAGAGACUCUGUGGCCGACUCUGGCAUGGGAUCGGAGUCUGAACUCGAUUCAAAUAAGCAGCUGGACAGCCCGUCAGAAGAUGAGCCCAUCACACCCCGAUCCACAACAACCAAGCAGAACCCAAAAUAUCAGCUGUUCCUCAACAACGAGCUGAAGACCAACGGGUUGAGUAGCAGGGACACAGAUGGUACAGGAGUCGGAGGGUCAGUGGGCGAGAAUGGCCCCAGGCUGGCCCGAUGGGAGACCUCCCGGCCAGGGGUCAACCACUACCGAGGGUCUCUAGAGUCCCUGGCCUCGCGGGACUGGGACACUAUGUCUGAUCGGAUGGGUGUUGUUGACAGUCCUCCCAGAGUGUUCAACAGUCCCUACUCCUCAGCCCUCUCCGUGGAUUACAACACCACGUACCGAAUGCCUGACUUCAAGCCACAGGGCGGUCUGUCUCCUGCCACCUCAGAGAUGAACCUGUACACCUUCAACAGUCGCAGCACCAGUCCUGUGCCCACACCCACCCUAAUCUCCUCCCGCCCCAGAUUCUCCACCUACGACACUCUAAGGAGGAGGGCUGAGAUCAGCCCUGUCAACACUGUCAACACUGUGAUACCUACCACCACCCACUACAGCAUGCGCUCUUCCACUCUGCCCAAUAAAAAAGACUACAUAGAGGAGUUGACCAAACAGCUGCAUGCCUGCCAGAAGCGUAACCAGUUCCUGGAAGCAGAGAGUGUGGAGAUGGAGAAGGAGAGGAACCAGAUCAGGUAUGAGAUGCGCGGCCUGCUGGUGAACAACGAGGACCUGCUGAGGACCAACGCUCAGCUGAACAUCGAGAUGAAGAAGAUGACAGAGCAGAUGGUAGAGAUGGAGAGAGAGAACCAAGCCAUGGGAGAGAAACUCAGAGAGAUGGAGAUUGAGGUGAAGGAGGCCCGGGACGUGAUGGUGGAGGCUAACACUCAGGAGUACGCUUUCAACUUCCUCCAGCAGUCCCUCAAAAACAAGAUCCAGGAUGCUGAGGACAACCUGGAGAAGCAGACGCAGCACGCUAAGACUCUGGCUGAGAAGUUGUGGCUUGCAGAGAGACAGCUGGAGGAGCUGGAGGUCGACAAAGACACCAGAAGCAAGAGGACAUCCGAUCUCAACAGCACCAUCAUCAGACUGGAGACCGAGCUGAGCGAGGCCCUGCAGGUGUCCACACAGUCUGCAGCACAGAUGAGCCUGCAGCAGAAGCUACGUGAGGAUGCCCAGCUGAGGGUGGAGGAGCUGGAGGAGUCUCUGCUGGAGAAGGACCAGGAGCUGCUUAGACUACAGGAUCUCGUGGGCAGACUGCAGGGAGAGGUGUCUGGUAAGCUGAUUGAUAAGGAGCGGACACUGGAGGAGGAGAUCCAGCUGAGAGAGAGGAUACAGCUGCAGUGUAAACAGGCGGAGAGGACAGUGGACGACCUCCACAUGGAGCUGCACAGCGCCAACCAGGCCAAAGAAGACCUGUCCAAACAACUCAAACAGGCUCAGGAGAAGUUGAUUGACCUGGAGACUGAUCUGGAAGAGCUGCAGGACAGUGAGCAGAGGUGGGCGGCCAAGCACAAGAGAGCUAUCGAACAGACGGAGCAACUGCAGCUGAAACUGAUUCAGCAGAAAGAUCUGAACGAGCAGCUGGAAUGUGACAAGGGUUCACUGGAGAGACAGCUCCGUGAGCAGCGUAUGGAGGUGGAGGAGCUUCAGAGCUCCAGAGUUCAAGAGGAUGCAAUCUCCAAGGCAGAGGGCAAAGUCAAAGAGCUGGAGAACACUCUGAGGACUGAGGAGAGGAACAAAGCAGUUCUGACAAACACCAUCAGUAAACUGGAGAGGAAGAUCAAGGAGAUGAGCGACCAGAUGGAGGAGGAGCACAGGAUAGCUACUGAACAGAAAGACUUGAUAACCCAGAGGAUGCGCUCCCUGAAGCGCCAGCUGAACGAGGCGGAGGAGGAGGUGAGCAGGAAGGAGACGCAGUACCGCCACACCCAGAGAGAGCUGGCCGAGGAGAGAGAGAACAGCGGGCGACUGCAGAGGCAGCUGCUCGACCAACACCUGCAGACAAAGCGUAAGGAGACUCUGUCCAUCCGUCAGACUCUGGAUAACCUGAGGUUAGACCUUAGCGUCGACGACGAAGAUGAAGAUCAGCCGCUGAAGGAGCAAACAAGCCCCUCGUCCACAGCUUAAACCGUCA